UUUGUGGUCUUUGCUUCACUUCCUUUCUGUUCUCUGUUGAAGUUUCAGAUAUCUCAUUUUUCUCCUUUAGUUUCAUGGUAUCAGAGCCUGGUUGGAGGCACUGAACUUUAUCAACUAAUUGUUGGAGAAUUCUGUUAUCAAAGUUCUUGUUCACAAAUGGAUCCAAGCAUGGUUGGGAACGAUUUUGCACAGUAUGGCGUGGAGAAGCUUGUAGGUACAAAUUAUAAGUAUUGGCAGUUGUGCAUCAAGGCGUAUCUCCAAGGACAGGACUUAUGGGAGCUUACUGCUGGAAAUGAUUCGGUGAUUCUUGACGAUACUCCAGACAAUGUUGAAGCACGACGAAAAUGGAAGAUCAAGUGUGGGAAAGCUCUAUUUGCACUAAGGACAUCAAUCAGUAAGGAGUUUAUUGAUCAUGAUUCGUAAUUUCGAUUCACCAAAGGAAAUUUGGGAGACUCUUGCGAAGCUAUUCUCUAAGAAAAAUAUAGCAAGGUUGCAGCUGCUUGAGAAUGAGCUUGCGAUGUUAACGCAAGGAGAUUUGGAUACAGAGGAACCCAUUAGUGAUGCACGGCUUCGGCGGUAUCUCAUUCGUGGUCUAAGGGCAGAAUAUAUGCCAUUCAUCACAUCUUUGCAAGGAUGGGUGAACCAACCAUCUAUCAUUGAUUUGGAAAAUUUGCUCUCCAACCAAGAAGCAUUGGCCAAGCAAAUGUCAAGCAAAUCAAUCUCUGAACCUGCAGAGGUCCUUGUUUCAAAGGGAAAUUCAUCAGAAGGUCGUGGAUAUUGUUCUACAUUCAGCUCGAGUCCAAAGAAAAAUACAAGUGGAAAACCGAUCACUUGUUAUAGAUGUGGGAAAACCGGUCACAUCAGGUGAAAUUGUCGAGUGAAGCUUUUGGACGGAAGUACAAGCAUAGCUUGUGAAGAUGACAAUGAAGGUAAAGAACCACCAAGCUGGGAGAAAUGUUUUUCAACUGUGUUAGUUGAAAAACAAGAAGUUGUCUCAUGUCAAGCAAAUGUUUCUAUUGACUAUGAGAAGGAAUGGAUUAUUGACUCUAGAUGCUCACACCAUAUAACUGGGAAUGACUCUCUGUUCUCUAAGUUUCAGUUGCAUAGUGGUGAUCGAGCGAUUGUCACUGCAGACAAUUCUGUACACCCAAUGGAAAAAGAAGGCAAUGUUAAUGUAGAUGGAGACAUUGUUUUGAAGAAUGUUUACUACGUGCCUGGGUUAAAAAAAAAAUUUGGUUUCAGUUUCUCAGAUAACUGAUGCUGGAAAGUAUGUCCUCUUUGGCCCAGAAGAUGUAAAGAUUCUUGACAAUGUGAAGAAUGUUGUUGCUGAUGUUCUACUUGUCGGUAAGAAGAAAUCGUUGUUUAUGAUGUCAGCUAGUGAGACAUAUGUGGAGACAACAAGUCGAAAUGAUGGAGCAUCAAUAUGGCAUGCUAGAUUGGGCCAUAUUGGUUAUCAAAUGUUGAAAGAAAUCUCUUUCAAGAAGCUGGUGAAUGGCAUUCCGAUUUUAAAAGACGUACAACGAGAUGUGGUUUGUCAAGGCUGCCAAUAUGGAAAAUCACAUCGUCUACCUUUCAAGAGGAUGUCGAAUCGAAGAUCAAGUUUGUUUGAGUAGGUCCAUUCAGAUGUGAUGGGCCCAACUAGAACACCAAGCUAUAAUUGUUUUCACUACUUGAUGGUGAUCGUGGAUGACUUCUCCAGGUAUUCUUGGGUAUACUUUAUGAAGGAGAAGAGUGAAGCUCUUUCUAAGUUUAUUGAGUUCACAGGUACAGUGGAUAAAACAUUUGGCUUGAAGGUCAAAGGCCUAAGGACCAACAAUGGAGGAGAGUACAUGUCAACUGACUUCUUCAAAUACUGUGAUGAUCAUGGGAUUCAUCGGCAAAUGACAUGUCCUCAAACCCCACAACAGAAUGGAGUUGUUGAACGCAAGUUGGGACAUAUAUCAGAGAUGAGUUUAUCGUGGUUGCAUGACAAAAAUUUACCUCGAGAGCUUUAGGCAAAGGCAAUGCAUUGUGCAUGCCAUGUAAUCAAUCGGCUACCUCCAUGGCCAGGUACGGACAAGUCUCCUUUUGAGUAUUUAUUUGAUGCAAAGCCAAAUGUGAGUUAUUUUCGGGUAUUUGGUUCUGUUUGCUAUGUUCAUGUU